AAUCAGCUGCUCACUUAUAGACACACCUCCCUCCUCCUUUGCCUGAGGAUGUGAUAAAGGGACCGACAGCAGCAGUGGAAAGCAGGGAACUGAGUUCUGGAUUGGGCUCUGGCCAGCGACCCAGGGCCCCCGUCUAGGCUGCAGCCUGCAGGAGUGUGGUCCUUUACCCGGAAACUCUACAAAAGCAGCUCCCACCAGAGGGAAUAUUAGCAUCACAAAGAUGAAGGGAGACGCUGCAUAUUCCACUGGGGGCUCACGGCAGAAGCAGGAGGGGAAGCUCUGGGACUCCAUGAAGACAACUGGCUUCAUAGUGGGUACUAGCCUGCUGCUAUUUGCUGCCUUCAGGAACUCUCUCACCUGGCACUUGCAGAAGUUCUGGGGGGCUUCGGGCGAUUUCUGGCAGGCCCAAUGGGAGAAAGUGCUCCACCUGCUUGGAGGAAACGAAUGGGCAAUUUUCUUUCUAGGCACAGCCUUAGUUCCGAGCCUUGUUUACUGGUGCUUCAACGGACUCCUGAUGGUGGCAGAUGUGACCGGAAAGCCAACUUUCAUCACCCGUUACCGAAUUCAGUUGGGCAAAAACGACCCUGUGGACCCAGCGAAGCUGCGGCAGGCUGUUCACACAGUGCUGCUUAAUCAGCUUUUCAUCUCUCUCCCAAUGAUGAUGCUCAUGCUCCCCAUCAUGAAGUGGCGGGGACAGCCCUGCAGCAAGGAACUACCCACCUUUCACUGGUUCCUCCUGGAGCUGUCCAUCUUUAUCCUGGUGGAGGAAAUUCUCUUCUACUAUUCGCACCGGCUUGUUCAUCACCCACUUCUGUACAAGCGCAUACACAAGAAGCACCAUGAAUGGACAGCCCCCGUUGGUGUGGUCUCCCUCUAUGCUCAUCCGGUCGAGCAUGUGUUUUCCAACAUGUUGCCUUUGCUGGUGGGUCCGAUAAUCCUGGGAUCCCAUGUUGCCUCCAUCAUGGUGUGGCUCUGCCUUGCUAUUCUGGCUACAUCCAUCUCGCACUGCGGCUACCACCUGCCUUUCCUCCCCUCGCCGGAAUUCCACGACUUCCACCACCUCAAGUUCAAUCAGUGCUACGGAGUCCUGGGGGUGCUGGACCGCCUGCACGGAACGGACACGCUCUUCAAGCAAACCAAGGCCUACGAGAGGCAUGUCAUCCUGAUGAGCCUCACCCCUCUCACGGAGACCAUUCCCGACUCGCCCAAGAAAGCCAAGUGACCCCACCUUCCCCGCGGCUUGCGGCACACUCACAACAUGGGGACUCACGAGAGCUUGGAACGAUGAUUAUGCCAAAUAAUUUUCUAAUGAGAAGCAGGUUAUUGUUCAUCCUAAGUAUCAAAGACAAAGUGGAACUGUAACCCGUUGCCGG